UCACUUCCGGCCGGCCCACUGGAAGCGGCGGCGGCGGCAGCGGCGGCGGCGGCGGCGAGGAGGGCGAGGCCGCAGGACCAGCAGCCAAGCACUAGGACUGGACAUCCCAGCAAUGACCAGCUCUCCUGUCUCCAGAGUUGUCUACAACGGCAAGAGGAAUAGCAGUCCCCGCUCUCCCACCAAUAGCAGUGAGAUCUUCACACCGGCACACGAAGAGAAUGUGCGCUUCAUUUAUGAAGCCUGGCAGGGUGUUGAGCGAGACCUGCGUAGCCAGCUGUCCAGUGGUGAGCGGUGCCUAGUGGAGGAGUAUGUGGAGAAAGUCCCCAACCCCAGCCUGAAGACCUUCAAGCCCAUCGACCUGAGUGACCUGAAGCGCCGGAACACGCAGGAUGCCAAGAAGUCCUAGAGUGCCUGCCACCCUCCCCUGGCCUCCAGAAGAUCAGGGUGCACUUGAUGGUGGUUUCCUGUUUUCCUGUGGCGCUGCUCCUGGGGGGGAAGAGUGUGCUCUAGCAGGCCGUGAUCCCAGAGCCAGCAGGAUUGAUGACCAGGGCCCUUCCUUUCCUCUCCAGGGUCUCAAGUUGCCCCUGUCACUGGGGGAACAGGGGCCUGGCUGUAUCCGCCCCUGUCCUUUUCCCCUGGCCAGCUGCAUCUUGGGUAGCACCUGGCCCGACCUAUCCAGCCCUCUCUGCUGUUACCUGCCAUGCCUUGCCCCUCUCCUUCCUGGCUACUUAAGGUCAGGAAGGAAAAAGGGGACCUCUGUUUCUUCGGCUGUUGGAACCUUGAAAUGACCAGACAGUAGGACAUGUGCAGUCCCACCUGCAUCCAGUGUGGCUCUCUCCAUGGAGACUUGCUCUUCUUCUGCCCUGGACAUGUGGGGAGCUCCCGUUUCCACCCCCACUGUCCAUCAUGACCCUUCCUUGCCCCACUUUCAGAGUCAAAUCAGCUCUGAGCCUAGGACAGUGCUGGCUCUCAGAGGGCAACCAGGUCUUGUGUCCUGGUACCUGUGACACUGUUGUGGUCACAGCAGUGCCCUUGGAAAGGGCAUUAAGGCUGACCCUGAAGGAGUGGUGCUGCCAGGCCUGUCCUGGCUUUCUGGGGUGUGCUGGGAGGAUUACCAAGGCCCCCUUUUUUUAUGCCCUCUUGAAUCCAAGUGUCUGUAGCUUUGGAGACUGAGGGUCUGUGAAUAAAGGCGGUGGCACUGGAA